GCUGAGGUUGUUUGGAGAAACCACAUUCCAGGAGAGUCUUGCAUCUUCUUUCUUGAAAGCUCUCAUUGAUUUUAGUAUUCAUGCCACUGUAAUAAAAAUAGCAGCUAAAGGCAGGGCUAAAGAGAGUCAGAGAAGAGGCUAUUCAUGUUAGUGUUAACUUACCCGUCCUAGUGAAACAGAUGUGUGCUUAUUUAUGGAGGCAGCUAGAGAGGCACUCUUCAAUUACAGCAGCCUUUCUGACAAAGGAAGCAAGUGUAUCACCUAACCCCUGGUAAUGAUAGUUGAGAAUGCCAGCCUCCUGGCAAGUAUGCUGUGCUAAAAAAUCUACAACUCAGCAUGGACAAGCCGAAACAGACAAUAUGGCAGAGACAAGUGGGAAAAUGCAGAUGAAGAAAGAAAUCACAUUAUUAAAUGGAGUCUCUUUAAUUGUAGGGAACAUGAUUGGCUCUGGGAUAUUUGUGUCACCCAGAGGUGUUUUGAUGUACAGUGCUUCCUAUGGACUGUCUCUGGUCAUCUGGGCACUUGGUGGGAUGUUUUCACUGUUUGGAGCUUUGUGUUAUGCUGAAUUGGGUACAUCCAUCGUUAAAUCUGGAGCCAGUUACGCCUAUAUCCUGGAAGCAUUUGGUGCCUUUGUGGCCUUCAUCAGACUCUGGUCAUCCUUGCUAAUUAUAGAACCAACAACCCAGGCAGUGAUUGCAAUCACAUUUGCUAACUACAUUAUUCAGCCAAUUUUUCCUCAUUGUGAGCCACCACACGAUGCAGUCCGGUUGAUUGCAGCUGCUUGUAUAUGUUCCUUAACAUUUAUCAAUUGUGUGGAUGUGAAGUGGGGGACCCGUGUACAAGAUGUUUUCACAUAUGCAAAACUCAUGGCUCUGAUCCUGGUGAUAGUUGUUGGCCUUUACAAGAUUGGUAAAGGGGAAACAGACAACUUGAGAGCUCCCUUCAAGGGCUCAGCAACAGACCCAGGAAUGAUUGCACUGGCACUUUACUCUGCCCUCUUCUCCUACUCGGGAUGGGACACACUCAACUACGUGACGGAAGAAAUGCAGAAUCCUCAGAGGAAUCUGCCUCUUUCUAUUGCAAUUUCAAUGCCCAUUGUGACUAUUAUUUACUUAUUGACUAAUGUAGCAUACUAUGUAGUACUGAACAUGUCAGAUCUCCUCACAAGUGAUGCAGUGGCUGUGACGUUUGGCAGUGCAACUCUUAGUCACGCUAAGUGGAUAAUUCCUAUAGCGGUGGCCAUGUCUUGCUAUAGUGGCUUAAACUCGUCAAUAAUUGCAGCAUCUAGGCUUUUUUAUGUCGGAGCCCGGGAAGGACACCUCCCUGACAGUCUGAGCUUGAUCCAUAUAAAGUGCUACACACCAGUCCCUGCUCUCCUCUUCAAUGGCUUAAUGACUUUGCUUUAUCUCCUUGUGGAAGAUGUUUUCCUCCUCAUUAAUUACUACUGCUUCAACUACUGGCUUUUUGUGGGUCUGUCUGUUGCAGGACUAAUAUACUUGAGAUAUACUCAGCCACACAGACCAAGACCUAUUAAACUUAACCUCUUCUUCCCUAUAGUGUACUGUUUAUGUUCCCUUUUCCUGGUCAUAGUUCCUCUCUACAGUGACACAAUCAAUUCCCUUAUUGGCAUUGGUAUUGCUCUCUCUGGCAUUCCUGUAUAUUAUUUGGGAGUUUAUCUGCCAGUUGAAAAACGACCUAAAUGUCUGCAGUGGUUAUCUGCUACAACAACAAAGUACGUUCAGAUGCUGUUCUACUGUGCUCUGUCAGACCUGGACAUAGACAUGGAACCUACAGCAGCUAAGACUAAAUAAGGUUGCCUUGACAUUGAGACUUGUGCCUUGAUAUUUUCUCUUUGGAGCAAUUUUUAUCAUCUGAAGUUCUCCCAUGUGUUUGAGAUAGAUUUCUAGCUCAAACAUGAAAAAAAGCCAAUGAGGAACAGAGGAACUUAGAUGUGGAAAACUACUGGAGUCUCUAAGAGGAGAGGUGAACAUUCCAGCCAUAGGCCAUGAAAUGGCAACAAUGGAUAAGUUAAUAUCAUUUCAUUGGAAGCACAGCUUGUAUCUUCCCUUUUGCUGCUUCUACUGUGCCUGCUGCUGUCUUCUCCCAAAGCUGUUUUGGCUGCUGCUUGCUGCUUCGCCACUGCUUGUCCCCAUCCCCAUCUUCUUUCAGGUUACUAUAUACUGUAACAGCUUAUUCUGUCUAUACUCUUAUAUUUAAACUAUAAAAAAUACAAUUUCAUUUUUCUGACUUUCCAAAGUCUGAGUUGUAAUGAAUUUAAUAUCUGUCUGGGGCAGGUCUAUAAUAAGUUUCUGGAGGAGGGAUCCACUUUAACCCAUCACAUAAUUUUGGUGCCCAACAUGGGACACGGUUUUGGAUUGGAUUUUUUGAUAAUCAGGAUAAGGAAGUCAAAAGAUUCAUUUGUUUGGUAUACUGUGGCCUAUUAUUGCUUCAGUCUUGACCUUAUCAAUUCAGCAAUGCUUUACUGCCAUGGAGCAAUAUCAUGUUUGCUCCAUUUUUGCUAAGAUGAUGUGGGUAAAGAUGUGCUAACAAAGGUUGGAAACUUUGGUAUGGAUGUUUUAGGGUUUAGAAAUGUAGCUGACAUAUCCAAUAUGUUCUGUUUGUGUUAAGAGUUAUUUGGGAGAGCUGAGAUAUGCAGUGCUUUGCCUGAUAUGUUUGAAUGUGAUGGGUUUGGUUGCUAUCGUAGGUCUGAUUGUAGUUUGGAGGAGAGAGAAAUGUAGGAAUAAACAGGCUACGACUGUGGUUUUUAGCUUCUCUGGGGUCAGUAGCAGGGAGUUAAGGGUUAAAGACACAGUCCCCAACCAAAGUGGGGGAGGGAGCAAGACCAGGGCACCGGGCAGACAGACUGCUUGUACUGCAGCAAAAGGUCCUGCCUCAGAAUCUUUGACAGUAGAAAAAGUAGUUGGAUAUGCCCCAUACUCCACUGACCCAGAAGCAUGGAGUCAGGAAACUGUUCAGUUCCCAUUAGUACCAAAUAGGAUUGAGGAAAAUAAGGGUAGAAGUGGUGGACCCCCUGUGGUGAUGUCGCAGAGGGCUGCAGUGGCAGUGCUGGCAGUGGCGGAUUCAGCUGUGGCAAAGUCCCUCAGAGGGACAGGGUUGAAGAGCUCAUUUGUGGAAAAUGCAGCUCAAAUGCUUUGAUUUGUAGAAAAGUCCUGUUCCAUCCCAUUUACUGAGGAAACACUUGGCUGUUUCCUGAACCUCUGAGCCAGCCAACGUCAGAGACAGAUGGAAUGAAGAAUGGAUGGACAGAAUGGAAUCACAGAAUCCUAGAAUCAGCCAGGUUGGAAGAGACCUCCAAGAUCAUCCAGUCCAACCUAGCACCCAGCCCUGUCUAAUCAACUUAGACCAUGGCACUAAGUGCCUCAUCCAGUCUUUUCUUGAACAUCUCCAGGGAGAAUGCCUGAAGCUUGGAUGACUACUGUUCAUCACACUGAUGCUGUCCCUAAUUAGAUGGAUGACUUGGUGCUCCAGUGGGAAUUAUAUUAAAAGGGUGGAUUGUGGCCAUUUGAGCUAGAUUUCUAGCUCAGACAUUAAAAAAAAACCCAAACAAUUAGGAGCAGGGAAGCUUAGAUGUGGAAAACUAUUGGAGUCUCUAAGGGGAGACGUGAACAUUCCAGCGAGAGGCCAUAAAAUGGCAACAGUGGAUAAGUUAGUAACGUUUCAUUGGAGCAUCAAGAACUUUGUCUGGAAGCACAGCUUGUAUCUUCCCUUUUGCUGCUUCUGCUGCACCCACUGCUAUCUUCCCUCACCGCUGUUUUGGCUGCUGCUUGUUGCUUUGCCACCGCUUGUCCCCAUCUUCUUUAAGGCUACUAUACUCUGUAAUAGUUUAUUCUGUCUGUACUGUUAUAUUUAGUUUAAACUGUGAAAAUACAAUUUCAUUUUUCUGAUUUUUCCAAA